AUGUCCUCAACAUUAUCAUCACGACCUCUCUUGUUGCUUGCUCUCGUUGCCUCGACAAUGGCGUCCGAGGUAACUCUGGAAGCCAGAGAUACUACUGAUAGACCCAUUGCUGGAUAUAUUCCUAAAUACUGGCCCGCUGUCAUCGCAAUCGUGUUGUACGCCAUCUCAGGCGGCAUCCAUUGGUAUCACUGGUACACGGUUCGCGCCAAGUACAUGCUCACACUCACAAUCGGCAUGUCAACCAUGACGCUUGGGUACAUUCUGCGUGUUGUCUACAUCGGUUCGCCUUUCAGUAUUGGGCUUUAUUCCAUAACAGCUCUGCUGGUUCUUCUUUCGCCCUGCGCCUUCCUCGCAACAAACUACGUCACCCUCACACAUUUGUCCAACUCGCUCGGAGAUGAUGUUGUCGCCCGCUGCUUGCUCAUCCGGUCCUCGAGGCUUGUACGAUUCUUCGUCUGGUCCGACGUCAUCACGUUCUUUGUCCAGGCAGGAGGCAGCGGCUUGACCUCCACCGCCAGCCUCGCCACAAUAGGCAGUGAUGUCGCUAUUGUAGGUCUUGCGCUGCAACUGGCGUCAUACGUCUUAUUCACCAUGGUCCUCCUCAUCUUCGGGUACCGCGUUCGUCAACAUUUCCCAGAAGUCUGGAUGCAGGUGGACGUUGCGAAGACAUCCGAGAAGAACUUCAGCCUCGUCGCCCGUGGUCCGGCACCCGACUGGCGGGUCCUGUACGGUGUCUUGUGUGUCACUAGUGUUGGGAUUAUCGUCCGUUCUAUCUUCCGUUUGUUGGAGUUCAUUGGCGGCUAUGAUGGAUUCCUUAUGACCCAUGAAGGCUACUUCUUCUGCCUCGACGCCCUGCCCUUGUGGCUCGCUAUGUCCAUUUACUGCUUCGUAUGGCCCCCUCGCUUUAUCCAGGACCACUUUGGUAGCCCCCAGAUUCCCAUGAGCAACCGUACUUAAAUUGCUAGAUGAUGACUUCCUUCCUUCAGCUCAUUCAUACGUUCCUUCUCAUGAUUACUGUCCUUAUUUAUUGCACACGCUAGUGCUAGAGACGAGUCUGUUUUGAUUUGUAUUCAUGGACCCUACUUCGUUUUGGUACACCCACAUUAUCUCGGAGCCCGUUGUUAAUCUUUUUACGCAUCUUACCGUAGUCUCGCUUCCGUAUACUUUCUUUUUGUGUAGUUGCCGCAGCAGAGAGGCACUUGGGUCUACUCUUUUCCUACAUACC